GGCCCAGAAUGUCCCACUGGAAGUGUGUGGACUUCCAGAUGUGGUGUCCACACAGAGAACCAGUUGUUCAGGUAUUUGAAUCCCACCACUGAUAUUAAGUAUACCUUCCUUUAUAAAUGCCUAUUUGAGCUCCCAAUUACCCCUGCAAGUUUUUCUAUAGGUUUUGAUGGAAAUAAACUUAAGUGACAAAGGACAAGACUUUCUUAGUUAUGGUCCCCAUUUAUAAGUCUCUUCACUAAAGGUUUACUUGGCAUACACACAUUGGGCACUUCCACCUUACAUACUACCUUCUAUCUUCUAGAGCCUUGGUGAUGCAGUGGUUAGAAUGCAGUACAGCAGGCUAACUCUGCUCACACAUUGCUAGGAGUUCAGUUCCUUCGAUCCUGACUGGCUCAAGGUUGACUCAGCCUUCCACCCUUCCGAGGUCAGUAAAAUGAGGAUCUAGAUUGUUGGGGGCAAUAUGCUGACUCUGUAAACCGCUUAGAGAGGGCUGUAAAGCAUUGUGAAGUCUAAGUGCUAUUGCUAAGUGUAUUGCUACCUCAAAUCCUUCUCUCUAGUUUGAACUGGAUCUGCUGCUUGUGUUCCUUUAUCCUCCAAAGGGGAAAAAGAAUACUCAAAGAUUCCUCAAGAGCAUCAUGACUGUAAAAAAAAAAAAAAAGAUGGCUAAAUAAAUGAAUAGUGCAACUGAACCAGAAAUAAAUCUGCAGUCCUGCUCUUCUUGGCGCCACCCGAGCGUUCCUCAAUUGCACUUCGGCAUCGUCCUCAACACUGGAGGGAGACAGAGGCUGUCUUUUGCAAAACGUUUCACGCCGCCGGCUUCUGAGCCACGGCCGCCAGCAGGCACUCUCGCCUCAGUCGAGAAAGCAAGAAGGGCUACAACGAAAGAGUUCGCCUGAGCUUGACGGUCACUCUUUCCUUACUUAAUCACUCGGCGGCAGCCCGUCUGAGGGCUCAGAGAGACUCCUGAAGGGUCGCCAUUCGCCCUCCAAGAAGACGGGUCAAGCCUCCAAGGAGCGUACGGUUCCUCAGAGGGAAGCAUUGGAUCCACGACUUUCUCGACCUGCCGACUCCUUCCCGGGAUUACGACCCGACGGCUGCCUCAUUCCUUCUUCACUUUCUCUGCGCCCAAAGGAGAAGGGCGCGUCUGCCUCAGGAGCGCCCUUCGACUGGAACCGUUCCUGCCUUUGGGAGACGCGAGCGCUGGAUUUUCUUAUCUAGCCCUCCGACACCAGGGGGGAAGCUGCCCGUGUGAGGAUUUCGGAGAAUAGAAACGCUCUCGGAAACGCCGCGCAGAAACCAAGCGUGAAAACUGCUACCCGCCCUCGCUGCUUUCUGAAGCCGAGAGCCGACUCGGCGAAGCCGUUUGGGAUUUGGCACCUCGUUUAGCCAUAGGAUCUGUUGGCGAUGCGUCCAGAGCCUAACAAAGCAUCCUAACGGAUCCGCGAUCUUCCGACGGGGACUCGUUUUACAUUUCCCCCCCUCGUUUCAGCUCCAUCCCGACUGAUCAUCCCCGCUCCCGGGGAAGAGAGGAGAUCCUGUCUAACGUAGGUGUCUUGGAAGAGGGAGGCCAGAGUGCCAACCCUCUGGAGAAGUGCGGGCAACCGGCCUCGGCUGAAGGAAGACUUCCUUCUGCCGGGUAAAAGCACUCAGCGAGUCGGAGGGAGAGGAGCCCAAAGGAUCUCCCUGUGUUGAAAACUCGGCCAAGGGGGAUGCCUCUCUGCGCGCGUAGAUCCACGCGCACCGACUCCCGCGGAGUUUCUUGCCUUCCCUCGGAGGAUCGGAGCGUCGCUGCUCUCUGAGAGGGCGGGAAGCAACCCAGGCUGCGGUUCUUUCCCUCUCCUGCCUGCUCUUUUCUGCGCUUUGUAUGGCUGCGGUUGGGAAAUUGGGUGAAUUCGUUCCUGUUCCCGAACUACCUUCUCUACUUUGCUUCCUGAAUUAUUUCCGAGCAAUAGAAAUCUGCUCUCCUCAGAUAACUGAGAAACAACGGCUCAAUACUUUAAUAAUCAUUUAAUAACAAGCAGCCCUCCCGCAAUCUAAAACCUCCUCCUCCAGUUACCUUUCACCUUGACAUCCCCUCGCUCCUCCCGCCCCUCCCCCCAUGCCACUGGAUGCUGAAGACGGAUUGGGAAUUUGUAAACGAUGCAAGUCCGAUAAAGCUGGAGUCUCCAGCCGGGACGUGGAGGAGGUUCGUUAGGUAGUGCCUUAAAGAAGUGGAUCUGCAGAUCUUGAUGCCAUCCACAGAAACUAAAUGCAGAGAUUCAGGAAAGACCACAGAAGCUGCCUCCUCCUCCUCCUCCUUGACAGGAAUUGAUCAGCUGGCUUGUCACGACUAGCCAAAAGUUACCCAACCAGCUUUCAUGUCUAAGGAAGAAUAAAAAGAUACAGAGAAUAGCAUUUGGAUGGGAACAUCUUGAAACCUCACUGAUCUGAGUGCUGCUUUGUAAACCAAAGAGAGCUUCAGGAUCCACAAGAUCAGCACCUCCAACAAUCUUAGACGGCAUCCUUCUACCCAUGUACACAUCCAUUCUAAUGGAGUACUACAGUACCUACUUGUUCUUACCAGACUACUAGGGUAUCCAUUCUCCACCACCAGGAUGAAUAAAAGAUAUUUGCAGAAAGCAACAAAAGGAAAACUGCUAAUAAUAAUAUUUGUUGUAACACUGUGGGGGAAAAUAGCAUCUGGGGUGAAUCACCACAAAGCUCAUCAUGUUAAAACUGGAACUUGUGAAGUGGUGGCUCUCCACCGAUGUUGUAAUAAGAACAAAAUAGAAGAAAGAUCACAGACAGUCAAGUGCUCCUGCUUUCCUGGGCAGGUAGCAGGUACCACUGAAGCAGCUCCUUCUUGUGUUGAUGCCUCAAUUGUAGAACAAAAAUGGUGGUGCCAUAUGCAACCAUGUCUUGAAGGGGAGGAAUGCAAGGUCCUCCCAGAUCGAAAAGGAUGGAGCUGUUCAUCUGAGAACAAAGUGAAAACAACAAGGGCCAACGUGUAAAACCAUUCAAGAACAAGGAGAUUUCUGCAGUGCCUGAUGACAAUUUUUGAUAAUUCCACACACACAAAAUGUUCUGUCUCCCUGUUUGAAGCAAUAGUUGUGAUGAAUCCUAGUCUUGGUCGGAUUCUCAGGAAGGGUCAGGAGGUGCGUUGAUGAGGAGAGAGUCAAAACUACUGAAAGAUGCUCCAGCCUUGGUUUGCUAUCAAAGAACAGCAGGUGUGUACAAAUUCAGGUAGUUGUAGCAAAAUUUAACCUAUCAGAUUGUUUUUUAAACAUAUUUAUCUAUUCCUUCAUAAAAGUAUUUGUUAAAUUGCUUUACACUGCUAAUGAGGAGACCAAAAGCAGUUUAAAUAGUAGAAUAAAAACAAAUGAAAUGUCAUAAAUUAACUACAAUUCGAGUUGAAAAACUUUAAUUAUGUUACAUUAUAAAAACAGGGAGAUAAAAUGGUUUUCACUUUCCAUUUAAAUGCCACCAUUCCACCUUUGAGAGACAAUUUUACAAUUGAGGUGUUGCCUCAGAAACACCCUCUGUCGCAAAAAGCGGAGUACUGUUUAAUUAAAAAAUGUAAAUCAUAGAAAAUGUUUUAUUUCUGAUAAGGUUACCUGUGGUUUCACUUUAAAUUUUUCAGCUCCCAUUAACCACUCAUUGUAUCUACUAUCAAACAGAUGUGGCAGACUUAUAGGUUGUACCCUUACAAAAUAUUGCUGUCUAUAUUGUGCUAUUAAUAAAUUUAUUUGCAAUUUAGUAUAAUUGCUAUAAGCACUUAAUGGAACUUUCUUAUAGGAAGAUGUAAUCUCCUAAAUAUACAACAUAUAAAUAUAAAUAUCAAUGUUUAAACAACACUUUUUAUAAUUUAUAGGAUAUAUUUAACAUGGUAAAAAUGUGUAUUAAGGAAAAUCUACAGGUAGUACAUAGGUAUGUAUCUGCAAUGUAUUGAGAGUUGUCAUGUGUAUUGCUUCUUGGAACAGUUUUAUACUGUGAGUGUAUGUUCUGGCUUUGGUGAAUGUACUUGUGCUUUACAGUUUUAGUACAGAUCUAUAGUUUAUUUUGAGAAAAUACAGUUUAUUCCAUACCAACCCUACCUCCUGUUUCCUGGCAAUUAUUUCUCCUAGGGUCCUUUUGACCCAUUUAAGGUUACAUUCCUAAUUACCUACCAGUCUGCUGCCUGACCACUAGUCUGGUCCAAUGAAAAGAUGUAAAAAAGAGAUGGUUUGCA